GUAAUGAGUUUAAAAUGACAAUAGCAAUUCACCUUCGCCCGCGUUCCGAUUCCGUCAUUGAAAAACAAAACGUUUUUCACUACGCAGACCUCUCGGCGUGUUAUGCGACUGAAUUAAGUAUUUCUCAACAGCCUCCUUUACAAUAGGCACACGCCGGCGCGCGUAACCGGCCGAGUGUUAUUUGUUUAGUUCUAUGCAAAGCGUUUGUUAUAUGUCGGGGAACGUCAGUCGAAUCGCGCAGCUGAGAUUGACAAGCUGGUAGUACACGCGCGCGAUUGUUUAUCUCGAGAUGUCAUCUAAUAUAAUUAGCGAAAAAUUUCAUAAUGAUACCAAGUUGAACAGUUUGAGUGCAUUUACUGAUAAGAGUUUAGCGCCAAUAAACGGUAGAUACCGAUCGAAGAGUUUAUCUAGUGAUAAAUUGAACAAGACAAACGCAGAUCGCGCCGCGAUUUUAGAAGAUGUGGAGGCGCAUCACAUAGCUGAUAGAUUCGAGACACCUGGUUGCCUGGUCGGGAACAAAAUCAUGGAGCAGGGUGGCCAGCCAACGGUUAACGGUUUCAAAGAUGGCAAAGGGUCAUACGGCACAGACAGCCCGGCGCGCGGCAGACGGGUGAUCUUCUGCGUACACGGCAACCCCUCUACUGGCUGUUGUGCUGUUAUCGAAACCAGCGCUGAUGGAGACGACAUCGACAGGAGGAAUGGCAGCAUCUCAGAAGCUGAAAGGCAUUGUCACAGAUCCAGGAAUGAAGAAAUAGACAAACGCGCCAGAAGGAAACUGAUCAUAGCGAGCGUAUUAUGUGUUAUAUUUAUGAUAGGUGAAAUCGUAGGUGGUUAUUUAUCAAACAGUUUAGCGAUAGCGACGGAUGCUGCGCACUUGCUCACAGACUUCGCCAGCUUUAUGAUAUCGCUGUUCUCCCUCUGGGUAGCGGGCCGGCCAGCCACCAGACGGAUGCCGUUCGGCUGGUAUCGUGCCGAGGUGAUAGGUGCCCUGACCUCGGUCCUGCUGAUCUGGGUUGUGACAGGCGUGCUGGUCUACAUGGCGGUGCAGAGAGUGAUAUACAAGGAGUUCGAGAUAGACGCCACCGUGAUGUUGAUCACGUCGGCCGUUGGUGUCGCCGUUAAUCUUGUGAUGGGCCUGACGCUGCAUCAGCAUGGACACAGCCACGGCGGCGGUGGACACGGUCACUCGCAUGGCAGCUCCAACCCAGUGCUCAACAACAAGGAGCGUCCGGAGUCCGACGUGGAGAGUUCCAGCUCGCACCAGCACGAGCACCACACCGAGAACAUCAACGUCCGCGCCGCCUUCAUACACGUGCUCGGGGACUUCCUGCAAAGCUUCGGCGUGCUCAUCGCUGCCAUCGUCAUAUACUUCCAGCCGAGUUGGAGUCUGGUGGACCCGAUCUGCACGUUCCUGUUCUCUGUGCUGGUGCUCAUCACCACCUUCAACAUCAUCAAGGACACGCUGCUGGUGCUCAUGGAGGGUUCGCCGCGAGGAGUUGACUUCCAGGAGGUGGCGAACACGUUCCUGUCGCUGGCGGGGGUGGUCCGCAUCCACAACCUGCGCCUGUGGGCACUCUCCCUCGACAAGACCGCGCUCUCUGCACAUCUCGCCAUCCGUAGCGGAGUGAGCCCGCAGAAAGUUCUAGAAGAGGCCACCAGGUUGGUCCACGAGAAAUACAACUUCUUCGAGAUGACACUCCAGAUCGAGGAGUUCAGCGACGGAAUGGAGGAGUGCAGCCAAUGUAAGAUGCCUCAGUCGUGAACCAGUAGACAGAUGAUUAUGGAGCGUAUACAGGGUGCUACAAGGUUGAUUUUUCAACGUCAGAACCCAUCAAAUAUAACCUGACUGAAUGGAGAUGUCAAUUAAAAUAUUUAUCCAUACAAAUUCAAUGUUAUUUGUUGGUGUUAUAAUCCUAUGUACUGACGAUUGGAAAAUCAGUCCUAAAUGAUUUUAUGCUAUUUAUAAUCGGGACCAAAAAUAUUUUUUGGUUAUGUUAUGUAAUAUUAAUCUAUGUACUAUGUUAUGUAAUUGAUAUUGUAAAGUUUACAUUACAUAUUACUGAUAUGGUAUUAAAAGAGAAUACCAAUU